AUGGAUCCUACUGAGAACAGCCAGAGCUUCAACCUUCCUGACAGCACUCGGUCCCACAGGGAGGCAAGGGGCCUGGAGUGUGCCCAGGUCCCCAUAGCUGAGGUGGGGGAGGCAGAGGCCAAUGCCACCAUCUCAGGGGCUGCGUCUGUUGGAAGAACGCUCAGUUCUCUCCAGAGUGCUCAGAGAGCUUCCUCUCCUCCCACUACCAUGGGCUCCAUUGCAGGGGCACCACCUGCUGAGGCCUCUCACAACCAAGCUAAGGAAGUGGCUCACCCCGAGUCCGUCCCCCCCCCCCCCCCCCCCCCCCCCCCGCAGGAUGCACUCAAUAGAAAGGUAGUUGAUUUGGUUCUCUUCCUGCUCCUCAAGUACAGGAGGAAGCAACUGACAACUAGGGCAGAAAUUCUGCAUAUGGUCGUCAGAGAUUAUGAGGCACAGUACCCUGUGAUCUUCACUAAGGCCUCUGACUGCAUGAGACUGAUGUUUGGCCUUGACAUAAUAGAAAGGAACCCCCGUGUCCACUCCUACUCUCUUGUCUAUGCUCUAGGGAUCACCUAUGAUGGGAUGCAGCAUGGUUUCCCAGGCAUACCCAAAACAGGCCUGGUAAUAGUCAUGUUGUGCAUCAUCUUCAUAAAGGACAACUGUGUCAGUGAGGAGGUGUUGUGGCAAAUAUUGAAUAACAUGGGGCUCUAUGCCAGGAGGGAGCAUUUCAUUUAUGGGGAGCCAAGGAGACUCAUCACUGAGCAUUUUGUGCAGGAAGGGUACCUGGAGUACAGGCAGGUGCCAGACAGCGAUCCUCCAAGUCAUGAGUUCUUGUGGGGCCCAAGGGCUCAUGCCGAAACCACCAAGAUGAAAGUGCUGAGGUUUUUUGCCAGCGUUGUUAAGCAGGAUCCCAGAUCCUACCCCUUCAGUCAUGCAGAGGCCUUGAGAGAUGAGAUAGAGAGAACGUAG